AUGUCUUUUUUCUCGAUCCAGGCGAAGCUGUCAAUAUCAGGGAAAGAUUUUAAUUUGACACUCAUUGCAAGACGCUCACGCCAUUAUGCAGGCACCAGAUAUCUAAAACGCGGAGUCAACGAGAAAGGCAGCGUAGCAAAUGAUGUGGAGACAGAACAAAUUAUUUUCGAAGAUAGUCCUGGAGGAACUCCGACUCAGAUAAGUUCUGUGGUGCAGAAUAGGGGCUCCAUACCCCUUUUCUGGGCUCAGGAAACUUCGCGACUGAAUCUUAAACCUGAUAUCGUCUUGCAGCAGAAGGACAAAAAUUAUGAAGCUACACGGCUUCAUUUUGAGAACCUUGUCAAGAGAUAUGGAAACCCGAUCAUUAUUCUGAACUUGAUUAAGACACGAGAGAAGAAGCCUCGGGAAUCUAUACUCCGUGCAGAAUUUGCCAAUGCAAUUGAUAUCAUAAAUAAAGAUUUGCCAGAGGACAAUCGUUUGAGAUUUUUACAUUGGGAUCUUAACAAACAUUCUCGAAGCAAAGGUACAAAUGUGCUUGCAACACUGGGCAAAGUGGCUGCAUAUGCUUUGACUCUUACGGGCUUUUUCUACUGUCAAGUGACACCACUUGUAAGCCUUGAGGGUGCUCUGAAGUAUCCUCAGAUCUUGAAAGAGGAUGCUGAUGAAUUUGCAUACAAUGACCAUCACAAUUACAGCAACAACAGGAAUGAUGGUUGUGUUAAUGUUGAAAUUGGAACCCAGGCAGAUAAUGCAGCCACUUCUGAUAAUUCUGCAUCAGGAAGUGAAAAUAGUGAAAUAUAUUUGGUUAAACCUCCAAAGUUCCAAAAAGGUGUACUGAGGACAAAUUGUAUAGACUGCUUGGAUCGUACAAAUGUUGCUCAAUAUGCCUAUGGUUUAGCUGCUAUUGGACAUCAGCUUCAUGCCUUGGGUUUCAUAAGUUUUCCAAAAGUUGAUAUUGAUGCACCUCUUGCUAAUGACUUGAUGGGCUUUUAUGAGACGAUGGGUGAUACACUUGCGCUGCAGUAUGGUGGUUCUGCUGCACACAAUAAGAUAUUCUCUGAGAGAAGAGGUCAAUGGAAAGCAGCAACUCAGUCACAGGAGUUCUUCAGAACGCUUCAAAGAUACUAUAGCAAUGCCUACAUGGAUGCUGAAAAACAAGCUGCAAUAAAUUUAUUCCUUGGUCAUUUCCAACCUCAACAGGGUAAACCAGCACUUUGGGAGCUGGAUCCAGAUCAACACUACAGUGGUGAGAGGCGUGGUAAUAGAUUUGCGAUAGAGAAUGGAAGGUCAUUUAUGAAAAGAUCCCUAUCAGAUGGCAACAUUCUGCGGGAAAACAAUAGUACACCAGUAACAAGAUCUAAUGUAGGGCAUAAAAGACUUCCUAACUCGGCAAUGUCUGAUAGAAAACAUGAAGUGGGAGAUGCACAAGAUCUUUCUGAAUCAACUCCAGAAACUUUGGCUUGUGUUUGUGAUAUAUCUUAUUCCAGGUGCACUCCAAUGCCUGGUCGAAAGCUUUUCGCUGAAAGCAUGCAUAGUUAUUUCAGUGAGCAUGGGUUUGAUGAAUCAACCUGUUCAAACUUUCUUGACCUUGACUGUCUCUCAUCAUCCAGUAAUUCGUGCGAGGAAGAAACAUCUGAGAGGUACCAUCUUAUUACUUCUGCACAGAUUUAAUUUGAAAAUUUUCCG